UUUUUUGUAAUCAAAGGCGCCUGCAGUAAAGAAGUAGUUGUCGAGACCACUGCGUUAGUUUUCACCUCUGAUCUCCUUUGAAGCCGUCAUAUUGUGUCGCGCAGCACUCCCUCAUGAGAGUUCUCUUGGAGUCUGUGAAUGAUGGCUACAAACGUUCAUUAUCAAGCUGGGAUCUUCCUCUUUUGCUGCGUGAUGCUGUCCGCUGGCUUACAAGUGGAAGUAAAAAGUUUGAAAUAUUGCGGUCCUCCGGAUAAAACCUUAAAGUACAAGGUUUCUCCAUGGCCCGUGAUAACAGCUGCUGAUUCCGUCAAAGUCACGGCUACGUUCACCCCUGCGAGAGACAUUUUCUCUUUGUCUUUCUUUGUCAACAUCACGAAAGAUGGAAAAACCAUCAUCGAACGGAGUAAGGAGUUGAAUUGCGAUCACGUGCCAUACCACUGCUAUUUCUCAGCAGAUGAGACCUACACCUUGACCAGAACACUACGCCUUAACGUAACCAAGGUUCCCCCCACCUUUAAGGGGAAACUUGGAGGCACAUUCAUGCUGUUCAAUCAGGAGCAGUUCUGCGUUUUCUGCGCCCAGGCGGUAGUGGUCGUGUCAUGAGCUAAUCACUGCUGACUCAAUGGACCAAGGCAUCCACUAGUUUUUUAACUUGAGGCUGAACUUAACUUCUUUUCAAUAUCGACAUUUAGUUUUAAUUUCGUGUGGAUAUAUUUAGAAGAAAUACAAUCGUAACUCCAAGUUCAAGACGCGACGCAUCUGUUGUUGUAAACGUAAUUCUAGAAACUUUGUCGCUCAACUGUUCUUUGUUUUUGUUUUCUUUUUAAUCCUUCUGUUGCUUUUUGUCGAACGCGUUUUUAAGGAAUCGAUUUGAUUGGUUCUACAGCAGUGUACUUAUUUUGUUUACAUUAUCUGGAAAAAAGGAAUUUUCAGUGAGGCCUCUUUUCUUAUCAUUUUGUCUACGCGUUAUGACUAUCUUAGGCCACUGCAUUUAUGCGUGUUUUUUAUUAUUUUUUAUUUAAAGUUGAACCUAUU